AUGGUCCGAUCGGAGAUCACAGCCUCGGCUGCCACCCACCGCCCCGUGCCGGCCGAGGGAGGAAUCGGAGGAGAGGCGAGCCCGUUGCCUCCUCUGCAGAAUCGUGUCGGCUCCAGCCAAAGCCCCUUCGUGCGGAGUGCCCAGGGCAGCUCGGUCAAGUGGCAGCUCCUCGACGACGAGAGCGUCGAGCGUGCGAAGAGGGAGAACAAGCUCAUCUUCAUCCAUGUCGGAUACAAGGCCUGCCAUUUCUGUCGUCUCAUGGACGUCGAGUCCUUUUCCAAUCCCGAAUGCGCGGCCGCGCUGAACGAGUCAUUCGUGCCCAUCAUCAUCGACCGUGACGAGCGCCCGGAUGUCGACACCAUCUACAUGAACUACGUGCAAGCCGUGAGCAACGUCGGCGGGUGGCCGCUGAACCUCUUCGUCACGCCCAACCUCGAGCCUGUCUUUGGCGGCACGUACUGGCCUGGACCCGGCACCACGCGACGGACCGGCGCCGACGGCGAGGACGAGUCUCCCGACUUUCUCACCAUUCUUCGCAAGGUUGGUGAUAUCUGGCGGGACCAGGAGUCGAGGUGCCGGAAGGAGGCGACCGAGGUCCUGAGCCAGCUGCGCGAAUUCGCCGCCGAAGGCACCUUGGGAACCCGCGGCAUCACGUCCCAGCAAAUGCUGGCGCCCACGGGAUGGGCGGCCAUGCCGUCUGCCAAGUCUGCCGAGACGAGGGAGAGCAAGGAUGCGGACGUGGCCAGCGAGCUGGAUUUGGAUCAGCUCGAGGAGGCCUACACCCACAUCGCCGGUACCUUUGACCCCGUGUACGGAGGGUUUGGUCUCGCGCCCAAGUUCCUGACGCCCUCGAGGUUGAAGUUUCUGCUUCAGCUGGCCACCUUUCCCGACGCCGUGCAGGACGUCGUCGGGGAGGCGGAAUGCAAACAUGCCGCGGACAUGGCCGUCGUUACCCUGCGCAAGAUUCGCGACGGCGCCCUGCACGACCACGUUGGCCGAUCUGGUUUUUCUCGCUGCUCCGUCACUUCCGACUGGAACAUUCCCAAUUUCGAGAAGCUCGUCGUCGACAACGCUCUACUGCUCACAUUGUACCUUGACGCGUGGCGCCUCGCCGGCGCCUCGGCCGACGGCGAGUUUUACGACACCAUCAUCGAGCUGGCCGAGUGUUUGACCUCGCCUCCCAUCGUCUUGCCGGCCGGCGGCCUGGCGACCAGCGAAGCGGCCGAUUCUCUCAGGAGGCGAGACGAUAGAGACAAGAGAGAGGGAGCCUACUACCUGUGGACACGACGUGAAUUCGACUCGGUUCUCGACGCCGCCGACAAGAGCGUCAGCCCCGUCGUGGCGGUGCUCUGGGAUGUUCGAGACGACGGAAACGUCGAGGAGGACCAUGAUCCCAACGAUGACUUCAUCAACCAAAACAUCUUGCGAGUAGUCAGGUCUCCCCAAGAGCUCGGCAAACAAUUCGGCAUUCCUGUCGAGACGGUGGAAAGGUACAUCUCCGUGGCCAAGAGGGAGCUCAGGGCCAGGAGGGAAGGGGAGCGCCCGGCACCGGAGCUGGACGACAAGAUCGUCGCGGGCUGGAACGGUCUCGCCGUCUCGGCGCUGGCCCAGACGGCCACGGCCCUGAAGGAGCUCAACCCUCGGCAAGCCGACAAAUGUCUCGGGACCGCCACGGCGGCGGUUGCCUUUAUCAAGAAGCACCUAUGGGACGACGCCGCUCGCGUCCUCUACAGGAUAUGGAAGGAUGAGAGGGCCACCGAGGGGUUCGCCGACGACUAUGCAUACCUCAUCGGCGGUCUCCUCGACCUACACGAAGCCACCGGCGACGCGAGCCUCGUCGAUUUCGCCGACGCUCUCCAAAGGACGCAAAUCAAACUCUUCCACGACCCGACCGUCGGCGCGUUCUACUCUACCACGACCUCCUCUCCCCACACGAUCCUUCGGCUAAAGGACGGCAUGGACACGUCCCUACCCUCCACCAACGGCGUUUCCGCGUCGAACCUCUUCCGUCUAGGCGCCCUGCGCAACGACGAGGACUAUUCGUCGCUCGCCCGCGGCACCGUCGACGCGUUCGAGGCGGAGAUGCUGCAACACCCCUGGCUCUUCCCGGCGCUGCUGGCGAAUGUCGUGACGGCGCGGCUAGGGUUCGGCGGAGCGCCGGUGCGUGUCAAGGCGCCCGCGGAAAAGGCGUAG